AUGGCAAAGUAUCUCGGUAUCAAUGCACGUAUAUUCGUGCCCAAAAUGCUGGACGCUGAGACAAUAGGCAAGAUUACCAACGAAGGUGCAGUGGUCGAGGUUGUCGAUGGGACGUAUGACCAGACUGUCGUCAAAACUAAGUUGGCUGCUGAGCAACAUUCCGGUGGGAAGGGCGUACUAAUAAGUGAUACGGCAUUGGAUUUUGAGGAUGAGACGGCGAGAUGGAUUGUAGAAGGAUAUCAGACUCUGCUUGACGAGAUUGAAGAGCAGAUUUUUGCUUUCACGGGUGACGUGAAGAUCAGUCAUGUGAUUACACCUGUUGGAGUUGGGGGUUUAGCACAGGCUGUUACGACACAUUGCCAGCGAACGCCGAGAGCACAGAAGCCAAUCGUUGUUACGGUUGAGCCAGAGAUGGCUGCGUGCCUGAAGACCAGUCUGGAAGCUGGGCAACCAACAAGUAUUGAAGCUGAGUACACGAUCUGUACUGGAAUGUGUUGUGGUACAAUUUCAUUGAUCGGAUGGCCGAUUUUGAGCGCAGGUAUUCGUGCUGCUGUUACAACGACAGAUGCGGAAGUGGAUAGAGCAGUUGCAGAGCUGGGACAGUACGGUGUGUCUGCUGGGCCGUGUGGUGCGGCCAGCUUAGCGGGACUGCGAGUUAUAGCUGGCUCUGGGGAGAUGCCCUUGGGGUCUGAUGCUGUAGUCGUACUCCUUUGUACAGAAGGGAAGAGACGAUACCUGACACCAAUUGUGAAUAGUUGA